AACAUUCCGCCUGUCCGUCUACUGUAUCAUUAUAAUCGCUACCUCGCUCGCUCGUACAUUGCUCAGUUGAUUUGUGGUGGGUGUGCGUUACGGACGGAAGCUUGCGUGCUCUGGCGCAGAUUACCGCGCUCACAGACCACUGUGGCGUGGAGGGGCCGAAUACACGAUGGAAUGUGCCAGUUUUGUGUGUGAUUCUGUGCUUGAUUUGUGAUUUUGAAAUUUUGUGGUUUUUGGUUUUGACCCGAGUCAAGGAAUUCUGUGUUUUGGAAAAAAAUUUGAGUAUUUGGUGACAGGUUAUGUGUGCGUGCUGUUAGAUAAGCAACAGUGUGGUAGGAUUGUUGAAGUGAUCCAACAGUGUGGAAUGGUUCCUGUGUGUUGGCGGUAUCUUGUUGAUUUGUGCGGUUGAGGCGAGUUCAGCACAAUGGGGAAGUUGUUGUCAAAAAUCUUCGGUAACAAGGAGAUGAGGAUAUUGAUGCUGGGCCUCGAUGCAGCCGGAAAGACUACUAUUUUAUAUAAAUUAAAAUUAGGUCAGUCAGUCACAACGAUACCUACGGUCGGUUUUAAUGUCGAAACUGUAACGUAUAAGAACGUCAAAUUCAACGUCUGGGACGUUGGAGGGCAGGACAAAAUAAGACCUCUUUGGAGGCAUUAUUAUACAGGCACUCAAGGUCUAAUAUUCGUGGUGGACUGCGCGGACAGGGACCGCAUCGACGAGGCCCGUCAGGAACUGCACCGGAUCAUCAACGACAGAGAGAUGCGUGACGCGAUCAUACUCAUCUUCGCUAACAAACAGGACUUGCCUGACGCAAUGAAACCCCACGAGAUACAAGAGAAGUUGGGGUUGACGCGCAUCAGAGACCGCAACUGGUACGUGCAGCCGUCGUGCGCGACGUCCGGCGACGGACUGUACGAGGGGCUCACCUGGCUCACUAGCAACCACAAGUUAUGAGCUGCAGAGUAGGCGGCUCUGUGCCGCCGCGCCCGCCACGGUGAGGAUGUCGAUGCCAUUUAAUUUAAGUAAGCGCCCGUGUGCCGGAACAAGCAACGUCAUUGUGAAUACCAGUGUUGAUUCUUUAUAAUGGUUAUACAGACAAAACGCUCCAGUGCGCAGUGUACGGUGCGAGAGACUGUCCGUGUGAACACAACCUUAGAUAGCAAGCAAGCGAACGCUUGUCACAAAAUCAAAUAUUCCAUAUUUAAAAAAUAAUAAAAAAAAACAAAUUUAGAAAGUUUUGUUGUAACGAUAUUCGAUUAUUUUUUUAUGUUAUUUAAAGAAUUAUUACAUAAAGUAAAAUGAU